AUGAACGUCCUUCAAAAUGUGCUCAGCGCCGUCUCGCCGCAACCCGACGGCGAUUUCGUCGACAAGCUCAAUUAUUGUGUGUCGACGAUCGCGCUCGUCGUGUGCUCGGCGUUCAUCACCGGCUGGAGCUUCGUCGGCAAUCCAAUCAAUUGCUGGUUCCCGGCCUACUAUAAGGGAUGGUGGUGCGAGUACGCGCUGGAUUAUUGCUUCAUCCAAAACACCUAUUUUGUGCCGUUCAUCGGCGAGGCGAAAGAGAAGGCGUUCGAAUGGGAUAGCGUGAUGGCGCCGAGCAAGAAUGUCACCGAGUUGCCGCAAACCAAACAAAUCGGCUACUACCAAUGGGUGCCGUUCAUUCUCGCGCUUCAAGCGCUUCUCUUCUACACGCCCGUCGUCAUUUGGCGUCUCCUCUACGGAAUGUGCGGUCAGAAUCUGACGGCGUUGUGCAACACGUGCACGGCGAACGAGGGCAACGAGGAAUCCCGAAAGGGUACCAUGGUCACCAUGGCGGGAUUCAUUAGCCAGAAGCGACGACGCAAUUUGCACAUCAACACCAAGUACCAGUCGAUUGCCGACAAAUCGGCUGUCUUCAUGUCAUAUUUGUUCAUGAAGGUCCUAUUUCUGCUCAAUGUGCUCUUCCAAUUCGCGCUCCUCAAAAAAAUGCUCGCCGUCGACUCGCACUUCUGGGGAUUCGAGGUGCUCGCCGAUUUGUACAAUGGUCAUGAUUGGCCGGAGACUGGCAACUUCCCGCGCGUCACCAUGUGCGACUAUUCGGUUCGUGUGCUCGAUUCGUUCCACAAGCACACGGUUCAAUGCGUCCUCAUGAUCAACAUGUUCAACGAGAAGAUCUUCGUCGGCUUGUGGUUCUGGCUGUUCGGCCUUUCCGUUCUCACCAUGAUCAAUUUUGUGAAUUGGAUUGUGAAAUCGGUCGGCACCAACGCCGUCAAAGAGUACGUCAAACCGUACAUUCACGACAUCGACGCUAAAGCGAAGACGAACCGCGGAAAACUCCAACAGUUCGUCACCGAGCAUCUGACGCCAGAUGCCGUGUUCACGUUGCGUCUCAUCGAGAUCAACAACGGCAAGGCGCCGGUUCGCGAGCUUCUUCACGAGAUGUGGUCCAAAUUCAACGCCGCCCAUCCGCCGCCCUACUCAGCGCCGAUGCUCGUCAAAGACGCCGAGCCGCUUCUCAAGAACUACGACGACGAGACGCAAAUUUGA